AGUCUAAAAUUUGAAGAACAUAUUUAAAAAUGGCUUCUAGGAAAGUGCUUCACACCAAACAACCUUCCAUUACUAGUUUUUUUUUUAAUGCUAAACAAAGUACACCACAACAAGGAUUGCAUCAGCAACAACAGCGAGAGUUAUUUACAGAUAGUUUUAUAAAAAGUAAAAAAGUUAAACUGGAGCAAUAUAGUACAUAUAAAAAAGACGAUGAAAAUACGCUUCCAAUAAAAAACUGUAUAUCACCUGAACAAAAACAAAGAAUGGAAUUGCAUAAAAAAGAAGCAGAAAAAAAGUUAAGAUUAAAGCUUUUUCAAGAAGUUAAAAUUUCUGAAGGUUGGCAGGAUGUAAUUAACAUUGAGUUUCAGAAGACUUAUUUUAAGAAUUUGCAACAGUUUGUUGCUGAACAAAGAAAAACUAAAGUUAUAUAUCCUCCAGAAAAUGAAGUAUACAGUUGGACUCAGCAUUUUAAUAUUAAUGAAACAAAAGUUGUUAUAUUAGGACAAGACCCAUAUCAUGGCCCAGGACAAGCUCACGGGUUAUGUUUCAGUGUCAAGCCAGGAGUUCCACCACCGCCAAGUCUCGUUAAUAUGUACAAAGAGCUAUCAAAUGAUAUACCAGGAUUUAAAACUCCAAAUCAUGGGUUUCUACUUGGUUGGGCCAAACAAGGUGUUCUACUAUUAAAUGCUGUGCUCACUGUGGAAAAGGGUCUUGCUAAUUCACAUAAAGAUAAGGGUUGGGAAAAAUUUACAGAUGCUAUAAUUCAUUGGAUCAAUGAUAAUCUAAAAGGAGUAGUUUUUAUACUGUGGGGAGGAUAUGCUCAGAAAAAAGGAAGUUUCAUUAAUAAAUCAUCGCAUUUAGUGCUAUCUGGUAUGCAUCCUUCUCCUCUAUCUGCUCAUCGUGGAUUUUUCGGAUGUAAACAUUUUUCCAAAGCGAACCAGUAUCUUAGAGAAAAUAAUAAGCAAGAAAUAGAUUGGUGCUGUUUGCCAUUGGAGUAGUUGAAUUUCUAAUUAUAGUAAACUGAACUAAAAGAGAAAGUUGGAUUGUAUAUAUUUUUGUUGGUUUUUUAAAGAAAACAUAAGCUUUUUAAUUAAAA